AAAAAAAACACACCAACAGUGUGACUUUGCCAGUGUUUCUUCUCUUUCUCCCGCGAGCCCUUGCGUCGAUCUACGACUACGAGGGGGGCUUCCCAGCCCUCUCUUUCUCUCUCUGUGGUGCAAUUAAGGUUGUCUGUCUUCACAUGAAAGCAUUGCAUCCUUGACGCCUUUGCCUCAAAGGAUUUGCAUUCUUCUAGUUUUGGAGAACUUGGAUAUUUGGAGAGUUGUCUUGCACUCCCUGCUUUAUUUCAUCACCAUGAUUGCCACAGAAACUUUCGCACCGUGCAAAAAAUUGAAGAUCAAGUUCUCCACCAAAAGGAUAGAAGUUGAUAUUGGGUCAAAAUGUGAGUUUGGACCGAAAGUGUCUCAAAUUGAUGAAAAUGGGCGAUGUGAUUCAAACAAAAAAUCCUCUAUGCCAGAUUCCAAAAAGAGGGGUCCGCCUGGGAGUAUUGAGGGCCAAAAAGAGAAAAGACAGAAGAUCGAUAGGAAAAGAUCACAGCAGUGUGCUUCAAUCCUGAAGAGUUUAACAUCUCAUCCCUAUAGCUGGGUGUUUAGUAAGCCAGUGGAUCCUGUAGCAUUAAAUAUUCCAGAUUAUUUUACAAUCAUAUCUCAACCCAUGGAUCUAGGCACUAUCAAAUCCAAGCUGGAGAAAAAUUUUUAUUUUGGCAUUGAGGAGUUUGCAGCUGAUGUCAGACUGACCUUUUCAAAUGCCAUGACAUAUAAUCCUCCUGGUAAUGAUGUUCAUUUAAUGGCUAAGGAACUCAACAAGAUAUUUGACAGAAAAUGGGAAGAUUUGGAUAAAAAAUUGAAGAGUGAGGAUGAGUAUAGAAAAAGCGCAACUGGAACAAUGAAGGAAUCUGUGAUAAAAAGUUGCAAUGGGAUGCAUGCCCUGCAUAAAGAUACAUUGCCCAAGAAGUCACAAGUAUCAAAAAAUAAGGGAAUUCAUAAGAUUAGUUCAUUGGCUGCAAGAGGUGCUAAAGUGGAGGUGCCUAAAUUUUCGCAGAUUCCUUGCAAAUUGAUUGAGAAAGAUUCGCGCAAAGGCAGCAAAGAUAACCAUGAUGGGGAACAGCCAUCUGGCUCUGUAAAGGCCUGUCCUUCAUUGCAUCUUGUCACAUGCAAGUGUAGUAUUUGUGGUGACAUCGCAUGCAAUUGUGUAAUUCCUAGCAAUUCUACUCGAGUGUCAUCAGGAUCUGAAGCAAGGGACCUAAUUGCACAUGGUGCUGAUGCUUCGAGACAGGACUGCCAGACUAAAUGUACAUUGCCUUUGCAGAGGAAAUCUGAUCCUGAUUCCGAUGGUGCUGUAAGUUCUUUGGAUAGUGAACAUCUAUGUCCUAGUUCUCAGCUUUCAACUCUUGCUACUGAUGCCUCUUCUGGGGAAGGAUGGAGCGCCACUGUUUUUCCUGUACAGCUGUCACCUAAAAAGGCUCUCCGUGCUGCUAUGCUUAAAAGCCGCUUUGCAGAUACCAUCUUGAAAGCACAACAAAAGACACUUCUUGAACAUCGUGACAAAGGUGAUCCUCUGAAAAUGCAGCAGGAAAAGGAGAGAUUGGAAAGGAUGCAGCGUGAAGAGAGAGCUAGGAUUGAAGCCCAAAUUAAAACUGCUGAAGCUGCUGCAAGAAUGAGGGCUGAGGAAGACCUGAGGCAACGAAGAGAAAAGGAAAGGGAAGCUGCACGAGUUGCAAUUGAAAAGAUGAAAAGAACUGUGGAGAUAGAACAUAAUUUGGAGAUUCUGAAAGAACUCGAAAUUUUGAGUGGGUGUACUUUAUCUUAUAAGGCACCAAGCGGUAGAAAUGGCUACAGAGUUGCAAUGAAGACAUUGGAUAAACCUCACUUUGAGAACCCAUUGGAGCGGCUUGGUUUAUUUAUCAAGGAUGAAUAUACCGCAGAUGAAGACGAGGAGGUUCUGAACGGAGGGUGGGAAGAAGGGGAAAUUUUCCCUUGAUAUGCACUGAGAUGUAGUUCUGCCAGCUCUAAUUGGACAGGGAAAACAGACAAUGAUUGUAAAUAGGUCUUUUGAUCAUGUCUGCCCUAAUGCUUCCGUUAUUUUUGUCUGUCUUGUUAGUGGAUGUAGGACCAAAAUCCAAUUGGGAGCAAAAUACAUGGACUUGCAAUUUUUUUUUUUAAUUCAUUUCUUGGAGCAUUCCUCUGCGCAAACAUGGAAUCCCUGAUAGACGAGUGGUGCGUCUUUGAUAUA